AUGCUGCGGCCCUGGUUGGGAUACCGUGCACCGAGUGAAGGAGCACCUCUAUCGCCGGCACCGGCAGCCGCGGAAGCCGAGCCGUGUGAGGGAUUCGAUGAUUGUACAGAACUACUUCUGCGGAAACGCAAGAAGGGGACGAAGGAGGUGUCAGAGGUUGAGAAGUGGAGAGAGGUUUACACUAUCUUGUUUCCGGAUACCCCAAAAGAUGAGAUCCCUUUUCCCUGUGAGUCGUUGUCCCUGGAACUCAAUGAUGCGUGUAUAAGUAACGGAUGUGAAGACUAUGAACAAUGCGAUGCCCACCGACCCCAGCCCAUCUCCAACGAUCUGGCACAAUAUGAGCAAUUCUUGCUUCGCGAAACCCCUCCGCGGCUAAGAAGGUUCCUGGAGCAUGAACUGGAAAACAAUCUCAACAUUAUCGAGGAGAGCCUCAAGAGGAAGGUGAUGGAAUGCUUCAAGCAUCUCCAAGUCGAGCUCCUGCGCGAGUUCAGGUUAACUCAGCCGAUUGCAACAUCUGAAUCAGCCAAUUCCUCCGAACAAGCACCCAUUCAGGCGGAUCGCGAAACAGGUAUGGAGGCUUCUCCCAACGACAGCUGGCUCACCAACUUGGACUUCGACAAUCUAGCAUGGGCGGCAAAUGAGGAACUAGACUUCGGCAUCCUGGAUCCUUUCGCUAUGCUUGGGGACGCUGAUUUCGCAGUCAACGGCGGAGGUUUGAUUGAAGACAUAAUGGCCAAUUCUGAGUCGAACGCGGAAAAGAUUGCGCAUGAUUCCGGCUAUGGGUCAACUGGCAGCUGA